AUGGAUGAACAUCAAAAAAUUAAUGUUAAUAGAUAUCUUUGUACAACAAAUCAUAAUAAUAAUAAGAGUAUUAAUGUUAAUAAUUUAAAGAAUAAUCAUAAUAAUAUAAAUGAAAUACAAAAAAAUGAUAUUUUAUCAAAAGAUUUAAGAGAUAUAGGUAUCUAUCUACCGGAGGAAGUGGAUGAUGAUGCAGCUCCCGAGGAAUACGAUGAGUUUGGCAAUCUGAUUGAGUAUGACGACGAAGGAGAGCCCGUCGUCCUAUCGAAACAGGAUCGUAAUCUUCUAAAGAUGGUCGAACAUCAACAGAAUGCACAGGCACUGACCGAUAAGAUCAGAGGUAUCGACGAAUCGAAUCUCUUUGGCAAUGUCCCGGUUAGAGAUAUCGCAGAGGCACAACAAGAGUGGGAUCACGCAGAGUAUGAAAACAAACAAAAGAUGCUAGGUGACAUUACACAUAUCGAUCUAGAAGAUAAGGUGCCGGAGCGUGUCGAACUCUACAAUGAAAUAUCGAAUCGAUUCUCUGUCGUCGACGAUGAGCGUCAUAUUCACUUUAGAGAUGAAGAUGAACCAUCUACAAGUUCUAGUAGUGAACCACAUUUCUCUGAUCAAAUACCAGCUAUAAAUAUAGCAUCAAACGAUGAUUUAUCAACUAGAAUAUCAAAGAUUAGACAGAGAUUACAGAAGAAUCAGUCACUUUCGGGCAGACUGACGGUAGAAGAUAUAAAUAAGAUGUAUCAGCUGUAUAGAGAAGAUCCAGAGUUGAAUAGCGCAGAAUCAUUGGCACAACGAUUUUCAUUGGAUGUCGGUGCUACCAAAAAUAUGUUACAAUACUUUGCUGUGCCGAUCGUUGUUAAAUAUAAUACUGGUGUCAAAUCAGGUCAUUGGUCUGUCAUAUUCGAGCAAUAA